CCGGUGCAAGAAAGGAGUACUCGGGAUUCCAGUUGUUGGACUCUAUUGGUAGAAUGGCCCCACUGCAUCUGCUGCUCCACUGUGCCACCACUCUGCUGAUUGCCAACGCUUUGCUCACUCCCCAGUAAGGCUCCGACAGCGAUGGCAAAUCCAAGGGUGGAUUUCCAUUUGCCUUGGAUGAGGACGUAGACGGUGUGGAGUUGCCGCUGGAUGUGGACCAGGACAUGACCGGUGAUCAGGUCGGCCAGGAUCAGCACUCGAUGCCGCCCGCUUGGCUGACCUUUGACCCUGAGCCCGCUCCACCCACCAAGCAUCGGAGCAGCCACAAGCCGCAGACCAUUAUCAAGCACCCGACCAGCAGUGGAUUCCACAAGCUCUCGGCCCACGGACACCGAUCCUGCCACGUCGAGGUCGUCAAGGAGGUGCAGGGUAUCUGCCAGUCGAUGCCCAUUGGCAGUGCCUGCGUCACCGACGACUACAUGGCCGUCUACACCGAUGCCAACUGCUCUGCUCAAUAAAAAGGCUUAUUCUCAUUCCGCACUGUUUGAUUGAUUGAUUGUUUGAAUGUCCCCGUGAAUGUGUGUGUGUGCGCGAGUCUAUAUAUUUUGAGGGAUAACGAGUAACACGACUACCUGAUGCACGAUGCUGAAAUGCAGAACUUGUCUAAAUAAAUCAGUUUAAUAUUA